UCAAACAUGAAAAUCAUGUAAAUGAGAUGUUGAGGUUUUAUAACUAAAAGACCCUGCACUGGAAUGUAAAACUAUUAAUAUCAUUUGAAUAAAGCCUCAUUUUACUACGUGUGUUGUUAUUAAUGCAUGACUUGUCGUUAGAUACAGAUAAAAAACACAUUUGUGAAGAAUUUUAACAAGAAAUUUAGAAAAAAUAAAGAAGUUUUCCUGUCGUUAAAUAUAUAUUUGUGUAUCUGUCAUUAUUUACGGUAGAUCUUAUAUGAGAGCAAGUAGGGUUUCUUUUUAGUGCAAACGGUCUCAUGGGAAAGAUAUAGUAAAAAAAUAAACCACCAACCCUUCAGAAUUAACCGCCAUUUUUAACCAAAAAUAAACAUCGGCUAUGACUAACUUUAUGGAUGAUCAACAACAUGCUGAUUGUAAAAUUGGCCAUAUCGAGGUUCUCUAAGGCUUUUAAAACGUGCAUGUAAUAAUGAUCAUGUAAUGUAAGCUUUACAUAGCUGAAAUUUUCACUUCAAACUUACAACGUGUUCUUCUCGUCUCGUUUGUUUUUCAAAAGUGAAAGUAGAUGAAAUUCAUCCGCUGAUAAAAUCAAAGCCUGCUGUGCGUACACACAUGUUAUUUUCGUUUAAAAUGCAUAUUAUAAAUUUAACAUUCUUAUUUAAACCAUGUACAGUCUGUUUUAAGAAUUAAUUUUGCUGUACGAAAAAAUACGAAAAUAACUUUUUCUAGAGAAAAGACUUCCGGUUAAAGAAAAAGUGGUUGAUCUUUCAUCACAUGGAUGUAAACUUUGCAGAUUUCGAGACUUAGAGCGACUGCAAAAGAUUUGACAUAAAUGUACGUGCAGUGUGGGGAAGCAUGACAACGGGAAAUGGGCCAUCCCACCUAAAUGAAAUUCUUGGUACUAUGAACUCCCCAGGCCUGUCUUCUACAUCGUUUACAGCUAUAGAGAAGGAGGUUGGAGAAUGGUGGCUUUCUGCUCUUGAGAGUAACAUAUUGGAAGCAGGGGCAGAAGAGAGAGCUUUGGCAGUAGAAAGGGGUGAUUACCAUCAUGAGGUUCCUGCAAUAACUGUUAUUACAGAUGGUGGAUGGUCAAAACGCACACACAAACACAGCUAUAAUGCUCUUGGAGGUGUAGCCAUUAUCAUUGGUAAAGAGACAGGAAAACUGCUGCAUAUAGGGGUUAGAAAUAAAUACUGUUAUGUGUGCCAAACAGCCAAGAAUAAGAUGGUGGAACCACAAGAACACGAUUGUUUCAAGAACUGGGAUUCAGAUAGUCAAUCCAUGGAAAGUGACAUUAUUGUGGAAGGGUUUAAAGAAGCAGAGACUAAACAUGGUUUACGGUACAUGCGUAUAGUUGGUGAUGGGGACUCGUCUGUAUAUGCUAAAAUUAGAGAGGAAGUACCCGAGUGGGGCAGGGAUGUUCAGAAAGAAGAGUGUGCAAAUCAUGUUUGUAAGUGUUACAGAUCCAACCUUGAGAAGCUCGUAAUGAAUAACCCCCUUUACAAAGGAAGGCAUAAUCUUACAAAAAAAGUUAGAGUACAGCUAGUUUCUGCAGUAAGAUGUGCAGUACGUGUCAGAGCAAAACAGAGGGAGAACAAAGAACUUACCACAUCAGCUGCAGUUGCUCACCUUAAACAUGAUAUUCUGAAUUCUGUACAUCAUGUUUUUGGUAACCAUUCAAAUUGUUCAGACUUUUGUAAGGUGUCAACUUCAACCUCAACUGCUGAUAAUUUACAAAUUCAAAUCGAACAAAAUGAAGGUAUUGAUGAUGAUGGCGCAAACUUUGAGAAUAUCUUUGAAGAGCAGAUUACAUUCUGGGAAGAAGGUGCAAGUGCAGAAGAGUUAGAGAAUUCUCGUUAUUGUAGCUUUGACUUUCAUGAUGUUGAAAAAUUUAUCAUUCAGGAUGUUUCCAUUCUUUUAAUGAAAAUAGCAGAGAAGGCUGAACAUCUGAUUGGCAACACCACAACAAACAUUGCAGAGUCUUGGAUGCACAUAAGGUGCAAGUUUGAUGGUGGAAAGAUUCACAAUCUAUGCAACAGAGGGUCAUGGCAUGCUCGGUGUUAUGGUGGUGCUUUGCGUAUGAACUAUGGACCACUGUGGUCUCCAAAUGUUUGGAAAGAAUCCACAGCUACACAUGCAGGAUCUUUUUUUACUAAAGUUUUCCAAAGACAGGAAGUGAAGCUGGCCCAAAGUAAGAAACAUCAAAUGAAGCCGCAAACAAAGAAAAACAGAUUUAUGAAGAAAUUAAGGAAUCUAAAGCAAAGUACAACCACAAAAGCUAAAAGAGCAUAUGGAGAGGAUGCCACUGAGGUUACUGAAGAUAUAUCGGCAUCAGACUUAGAAGCAAAAAAGCAAGAAUUCCUUAACAAACAUGUAUGCGUCUCUUCAACCCAGAUAGCAAAGAUCCAGAGCUCCACUUCCAAACAAUCUUCAUCAGGUCUGUGGCAUUCUGAGAGAAGAAUACGAUUAACUGCCUCUAAUUUUGGAAAAGUUUAUCGGCGUAGACCAUCUAUCCCAGUUAAAAACUUGGUGAAAUCUCUUCUGUAUUCUAAUUUUAAAGGAAAUAGACAUACUAGAAAUGGACUUCUACAGGAAAGAUCUACUAUAGAGGAAUACAAACUCAGAAAAGCUGAAGAGAAUGAGAAUGUGAUAGUGAAGGACUCAGGAUUGGUAAUUGAUCAUAACAACAACUUCCUAGCAGCAAGUCCUGAUGGUUUUGUGUUUACCUCUGAUGGAAAGAAGGGUCUUAUAGAGAUAAAGAACCUCGUUCAUAAUAAGCCUUUAAAUCUUUUUGAAGCUGCAGACAAAAUAAGGUCAUUUUGUUUGCAGUAUAGAAAUGGAAAAUUAUCCUUAAAGGAGAAUCACGAUUAUUACUAUCAAUGUCAAGGGCUUAUGAACAUUUGUGGAACAGAGUGGAUAGACUUUGUGGUUCGCACUCUGAAUCCCUACCAUCUUUUCAUUGAGAGAAUAUACAGGAAUGAGGAUCUUUGGAACAUAAUGCUGCCAAAGCUCAAAGAUUUUUAUCACACAUCAUUGUUACCUGAAUUAGCUUCUCCUCGGGAAGGGAAAAGUCCAGGCAUAAGGGAACCUGGGGUUUGGUAUUCACCCCCCAAUACAAGGGUGGCUGUUAGAAAAACAAGAGGUGGUAGGAUGCUGACGGAUCCUUUAUCAAGGAAAAGCAGAAAUAAAAGAAAAAAGAAAGACUAAGAAUGGAAGAGGAUUUUUUUCAAGACUUUAAUUAUUAAAGGUCAGUAGUGUCUUAAAGAAAGUUUGUAUGAUACUGGUAUCAUAAAAUCUGAAUUCUGCAACUCAUUACAAAGAUUUUGAUGUGCAGAUGAUGUAUGACUCUUAAAAUAGUCAACCAAUUUAAGAUAUUACUUAUUCUUCCAAAUUUGACU